AUCAAAUCGUGCACAUGAAUGUAACUUUGACAACUGUAGGUCAACAUGGUGUUCCACUGUCCUCCUCCUUUAGAUGGACAACAUGUGCACCGACUGCAAAAAGACUGUCCAGCUGCUGACAGGGAUCCUCUCCAGUCAAGACUCACAGCAUCUUAUUGAGAAAUCUCUGGACAAGUUUUGUUAUGAACACCCCGCCAUCCCUUUGUGUAUGAAUGGAGCAAAGACAUACGUACAUUUGGUUAUCAGACAUUUCAGUGCAUUUGCAAAUCAAAAUGAUGACAUAUGCUCAGUGCUGGGACUGUGUGGCAGUCAGUCCGAGAGAAAAGCCCCGUCACAGCUCACUGUUAGCCUGAAUGAGCAGGGUUCGCUCUAUGCAAAGCCAUCAAGAGGAACUAGUCAUGAGGUUCAAGUCAAUCCCCUCUGUACCUUCUGUAUGUUCUUCAUAAAGACAAUAGAGAGCAUGUUGCCAAAAGAGAGAACUGAAGCGGCUAUAGUGAACCUUCUGGAGAAAAUCUGUGACUAUUUGCCCUCGCAAUACAAGGACACGUGUGACAACUUUGUAGAAACGUAUGGAAAGCAGCUGAUUGACCUGCUGUUGUCCUCCCUCCCUCCUCAUGCCAUCUGCACUGCCCUGGGCCUGUGUCUCUUCCCACAGACGCCACUGUCAGUGCAAACUGACUGUGAUUCCUGUAAGAUACUGGCGAUCCUCUCCCAAUUUCAUUUGGGUCACAAUGCAACUGAGAUCCAGACCUCUGACCUGCUCCAGAAGAUGUGCCACCUGCACCCUAAUGCUAUUCCUCAAUGCGAAGGGUUCGUGAUGCUUCAUGGCCACAGGAUCCUGAAGAGUGAUGGGAAACAUCCAGCCAUCACUGCAUGCGAGGAAGAUUUCAUUUGCCGGGGACCCAAAUGAAAGUGGUCAAUCAAACUAGAUCUGAAAAGCAACAACCUUCUUACUUUCCUCGAUCAAGCUUCUUCUCUGCGCUAACCCUGGCCUCACACAGAACCGAGAGGACUUUGAGACAUACAGUAUACGAGUGGAGACAAUCACUGUUCAGUCUGUUUCAAAUGAGCUUAAUGUGCCACACUGGGUAAACAUUUAAUACAAAACCACUCAACUUAAUAACAUAGGAAAUCCUAACACUGUGUGCAUUUUGUGUAGCAUUAUAUAAAAUCACUGCUUCCUCAUUUUUGUCUUGAGAUGAUGCAGAAAUAAACUAUUAAACAGAUUCACAUUUUAA